UGUCAUAUCUAAUGAAGAGUAUAAGGAGAAGUAUUAUAGAUAUUUCUUUAGGUCUUAUGUUGAAUCCAGCGGAAUAAAGAUAAAGUGGUGUCCAUCACUAGGGUGCGAAUACGCGGUUGAUUUUGGAAGAGGAAGUGAAAACUAUGACGUUUCUUGUUUGUGUUCUAAUGACUUUUGUUGGAACUGUAGUGAAGAUGCUCACCGUCCUGUGGACUGCGAUACGGUGUCGAAGUGGAUAUUCAAGAACAAUGAUGAAUCCGAGAACACGACUUGGAUACUAACCAAUACAAAGCCUUGUCCCAAAUGCAAGCGUCAGAUCGAGAAGAACCAGGGAUGCAGCCAUAUGACAUGCUCAGCGCCUUGCCAUUUUGAGUUUUGUUGGAUCUGUCUUCGUGCAUUUCCAUGUCCUGGGGAUUGCAACAAGUUUAAGGUUGAUAAUGAGGCUGAAAACAAGAGAGAAAUGGCCAAAGCUGACAUGUAUAGAUACAUGCAUUAUUAUGAAAGAUGGGCAAGCAAUCAAUCGUCAAGGCUAACGGCUAAGAGAGACUUGGAGAAAUUGCAAUCGGUGCAACUUAAGCAGCUUAAUGACAAACAAGACACACCAGAAACUCAGCUUCAAUUCAUUGUAGAUGCAUGGCGUCAGAUCAUCGAAUGUAGGAGGGUCUUGAAAUGGACAUUUGCAUAUGGAUACUACCUUCCUCAACAUGAACAUGCCAAGAAACAAUUUUUCGAGUAUUUGCAAGGAGAGGCUCAAGUUGGUUUGGAGAGGCUUCAUUAUUGUGCUGAAGUGGAGUUUAGACAGUUUGUAAGCGAAACUGGAGAUCCGUCUAAAGAUUUCAAUGAUUUCCGCAUGAAAUUGACUGGCCUAACUAGAGUAACCAAAACCUACUUCGAAAAUCUGGUGGAAGCUUUGGAGAAUGGUCUUGCUGAUGUAGAACAAAUGAGAGCAAAAUAACAACAGACUCUUUGUCUUCUACCAUAAGAUAAAAGUUGGUGAGAAUGGUCUAAGGAAGAUGCAAGUUGUAACUGAGGUUUCUCAGUUUCAGUUUUAUGUGUGUUUGUGCAAAGAGUUUGUGUCGAU